AUGUAUCUAUUGUUAACAGUGGUUUCCUUAACUAUUAAACUCUCCACAGCAGCAUACUGUGGAGAAUCAUCUAUUCCAUACAGUUUUGAGAUAUUGCCUGAUGGGCAACCAAUUCUUGGAUGUGCCAGGCCAGUUUGCUUCGGUUGGAAUCCAUCAACAGGUGAAAGAGCCUCAAAUGAUGCCAGUUUCUUCAGCAUGGGUAAUCAUUCGGAUGGUUUCGUGAGAGACACAAUUCUUCACCGUGAGCCACUACCACCUUCACGAGAUCCACAAUCGUUGCCUCGCCUCACAUCGAUUUGUAGCCAUAAUUACAUUGGAAGAUGUAAUCCAGGACAAUGGGCCGCUGGAGUUUUGCCCGUUUUGAACGCUUCCGCUAGUCCUCUUGCACUUCAAUGUUGCACAUAUGGUCCUUUGGAAGAUACCGAAGAUCGAGGAGUUGCUACUGUUCAGCCAGGACAGAUUGUUAUUGGGGGAGAAGGAACAACCGAUGAUCAGUUCCAAUAUUUUGAUUACAUUGCUAAUAUGAACAAGACCAUUGAUGAGAAUGGAAAUGUUGCAUAUGAAAUCGAUAUAAGGCGCAUGGCUUGUUAUGAUUAUUUGAACAAUCCUGAACCAGCUGCUGAUGUUCCACAACAACCUCCACAACCACCUCAACAGUUCCAACAACCACCUCAACAGUUCCAACAACCACCUCAACAAUUCCAACCUCCUCCCCAACAACAAGUAUUCCAACCAGCUCAACCACAACCAGUUGCUCCACCGGCAUCAGGAUGGACGCCUGUUUUUAUCCCUGAUUAUUAUUGUUUCACAGAUGAUACAACAGUUCGAGUAAUUGAUGGAACCGUAAAACGUAUGGAUGAAUUGAAACUUGACGAAUGGGUUCAAGUUGUCAGCGAGGGAAAAGAGGCUGCUUUCGCUAGAGUCAUCUACUGGCAACACAGGGUUCCUUCUCAAGAUGCUUAUUUCCAAAAAAUCACUUUAAUCAAUGGCGAUGAAUUGAAACUAACAGGAAAACAUUUCAUCUAUAAAACCACGUGCGAAUAUGAAGGACAAAAGGUUGAAUUUAAAUCUCUUAAUGAGACUGCUGUAUUUGCAGAGAAUGUGAGCGAGGGAGACUGUUUGUACCAUAUUCCAAAGAGCGGAAAUCCCAUCGUAACACGUGUUUCCAAAGUUGAAAUUGUUCAACAAAAAGGAAUUUAUAGUCCAAUGACAUCUGUUGGGAAUAUUGUUGUAAAUGGAGUGUAUGCAUCAUGUAACACAAUUAUCGAAAGUAACACUCUCCAAUCCACUUUCUUCAGUUAUGUUGAUUACUUCAAUAACUUAUAUGGCAAGAUCUUCGCGUCAUCUUCCGAAGUGAGAGAACUGCCAAUUGGAUUAGAGACGUGGGUGGCUAUGGCUGAGUACGUUCUCCCAAAAAAUUUAAUGUUAUAUUAA